CAGAGUGUCCUUUGAGAAUAGGGUGCAUAAUUAUCGACACUGUUGAGUGGGCCUAUGUUUGAUUUUCAGAGCUCAUAUAUCUGCUGCAUGGCAGGAUGCUUGCUUUUCAUUCUAAUUAGAAAUGUGACAUGAAGUCUGGACAGAGACGCUCAUCUUGAUGGGAGAGGGGGGGGAACCCGACUGACAAAAUGAAAAAAGUUGGACUUAUUGGAGUGCUACUGUUACCACAGGCUAAAUCGUUGUUAGAUUGUCUUUCACACGUGAAAGAGGAGGAACAGUGCAAGAAAAACCUGCUAGUGUUGAAUUCACGCAAAGCAACAGAAAACAUCAGUGUACACUGUAAGGGAAUGUGGGACAACCUGAACUGCUGGCCACCUGCUUCUCUCGGGGAAACUGUCUCUCAGCCGUGUCCGAGCCACGAGAUUCUCUAUUCAGGAGAUAAGGUGCAUCGCAACUGCACUGCUGAUGGCUGGUCAGACCCGCUCGUCCCACAUGAAGUUGCAUGCAGCUACACUUUCAAUGAGACGCUACACUUUUUUGGAGAGUCCUCAGAUUCCCAUUUGUAUUUCUCCUACGUGAAGACCAUGUACACAGCCGGAUACACACUCUCACUUAUCACUCUUACCAUCGCCAUCACCAUUUUCUGUCUGUUCAGAAAGCUGCACUGUACCAGGAACUACAUCCACAUCCAGAUGUUUAUCUCCUUCAUCCUGAGAGCCAUCUUCAUCUUCAUUAGAGACUCUCUGCUGUUCACUAAUGAAGAGCGCUACCACUGUGACUACUACCCGGUGGCAUGUAAGGUGGUGCUGAUGCUUACCAACUACUCCAUCCUCGCGAACUACAGCUGGCUGCUGGCGGAGGGUCACUUCCUCUUCACGUUGGUGAGCCGCUCGUUCUUCUCCCUGAAGAAACACCUCGCCUGGUACAUCGUCCUAAGCUGGGGGAUGCCAUUGAUUGUAAUCGUCACCUGGGGGUGUGCAAAGUAUUUUUAUGAAGAUGAAGGCUGCUGGGAAACCAGGACAAUUGUAUGGAUUUGGUGGAUACUCCGAGUGCCAGUUCUUCUGACUAUAUUUAUAAAUCUCGUCUUCUUCUUGGGCAUUUUGAGGAUACUGGUGGGCAAACUCAAAAUGUCGGAUGCACACAGGAAUGAAUUCAGCCAGUACAAGCGGCUGAUCAAAUCCACCUUUUUCCUCGUGGCUUUGUUUGGUCUGCACUGCAUCCUGUAUGUGUUCUUACCUGAUAAAGUCGGCAGCUUAGUGUUUAAGAUAUGGAACACUACAGAGCUGGCGCUGUCAUCCACACAGGGGUUUGUCGUUGCUGUGCUCUACUGCUUCAUGAACACAGAGGUGCAACACGAGUUUCAGAGGAGGUGGAGGAGAUGGAGGCUGACUCAGCACCUCCCCAGUCGGCGCAGGCAGAACCACGGCUCCAUCAGCCACAGCGGGUCUCCUCACACACAGGUCUCCCUGCUGCCUUGCUCCCCAGGCAGCCCAACAACCGGCGGACUCCCGAUGGAUACCGUGGAGAUGUGAUGGGCUUGUUCUUCGCUUAGUGCUGACAGCCAAUUAGUCCACAACUGCAGCUUGAGUGUUUUAAUACAGCGGUAUUGUCAAAUGGAUAUUUUUCUAAUCCGAGUGUUUUUAUUUGAUGACAUAAUGAUGUAAAAUGCACUGCGGUUAGAAAGCUGCCAGAAUAGUUUGUAGUUAUACGGAUGUCGCAAAUGUGUCAAAACAAUUUUGAAUUGAUGUCCAGAUAUUUUGUUUCUGGUUGGAAGCAAUCCAGCGAGAUCCAUCCACUUCCCAGAGUUAUGGAGAUAUUUAAACUACUUAAAGGGCGUAGUGUUUUGGGGAAUAAUUAAUGGUCAUAAUUUAGACGGCAGAGGCCGAGAUGUCCUAACUUUUGUCGAUCUUUUCACCGACCUUGAUAAAUCUCUUUAAACUCAAUGACCCCAAUUCACAAUCAGCAGGAAAGUAGCCACGUUUCAUUUAUUAGGUCCACCUAACUUAAUCCAACGCAGUCUAAUGCGACUGUUUUAGUUGGAACUAUUUAAGA